AUGCCAGAGUCAUCGUUGUCUAUAGCAUCCACAAGUCUCACUGGCCAGGUCGAGCAUGAUAAUCUGACUGUUCAUGCUACAGUAACAAGUUCAUAUCCCUUUUGGCUUGGUGGACUGGCAGCUUCAAUGGCUGCGAUUUGUACCCAUCCGCUUGAUAUGGCUAAAGUCCGAAUGCAGACUGGCCCCACACGUUCCAUGCUGCAGACUUUGCUCAGUGCCGUCAAACUAGAGGGUGUCCGAAAAGGCGCAUACGUUGGACUCUCGGCCUCUUUGGCCCGACAGAUGACUUACUCAGUCACACGAUUUGGCGUGUACGAUAAUUUGAAGUUGAUAUUCGCGAGGCAAAGCGGGAAUCCGGACACAGCCAAGCUGCCUUGCUAUCAUCUCGCCAUGGCCGCUAGCCUGGCAGGUGCCGCUGGUGGGCUGGCUGGUAACCCGGCUGACGUUAUCCUCGUAAGAAUGACCAGUGAUAUUAAUCACCCUGUGGAACAACGUAAAGGGUACAAGAAUUGUGUUCAAGCACUGUUCCGCAUGAUCAGAGAAGAAGGAUUCGGCAGUCUGACAAGGGGCUUGGGCCCUAACAUUUCUCGAUCAAUCUUGAUGAACGCAAGUCAGUUAGCAACAUACGAUAGCAUCAAGGAGGGCUUACUUAAUACCAAGUUCUUUCACGAAGGCCUUUGGCUACAUUUUUGCGCGAGCUCGAUGGCUGGGGCUAUAGCUACGACAAUAUGUUCUCCAUUUGAUGUCGUCAAAUCACGAAUCAUGAAUACCGUACCCGGCAGUGCCACGGUACCACAGGUGAUUCGACAGUCGUUCCGGACCGAAGGUGUGGGCUGGAUAUUCCGCGGGUGGACGCCGGCUUUCAUACGUUUAGGGCCCAAUACAGUUAUCAUUUUCGUUGGUCUUGAACAAUUAAGAAUCGCAGUGGACUUCAUUAAGAACCGAUAA